CGCUCUUCUUUCCAGAAACAAGAUGCCUUCAGCGCGCACUCGUCUGUCUGUCUGUGUUACUGCCGUGGGAAUGGUAAAAUGAUCGCUUAAAAGGGGGGCGAGUUACAUUCCGGAUCCGAAUAAAAGUUAAAAAUCGAGUUACGUCGCCAAAACAACCAGCAGCGGUUGCUUUAAUCCCGCCUAAAAACUCACUUUGCUCUUUUUUAGCCACCCAAGGACGUCAGCUACACUGUAGGAGGAGCUAGCAGCGUGUUUCCGCUCAGAGCCGCUGUAUAAUCUAUGCAGCCGUACUAAGAAUCGCAACGGCCAAACACUUGGCAGCUAAUACAGGAAACUGUUCAAGUACCAUUCGUUUAAUCUUCGCGGUGCUGUCGCAUCAUUGAGAGGGAAUAAAAAAAAAAAAGACAGUCUGCCGGAUUGUAAGCAAUGGAAGCCGAAUUUUUGGAAAUCGAUGAAAACGGGAGUUGGAACGCCAUUUAUCAGGAGAUUCGGCAACAAUCGUGUGAACUUCCCUGUAAGAUCGCCAAGUUACCCGAAAACAAGAAUCGGAACCGUUACAGAGACGUCAGUCCCUUUGACCACAGCAGGAUAUGCCUGCAGCUGGGUGAAAAUGACUACAUCAAUGCCAGCCUAAUAACAGUGGAGGAGGCACAGAGGAACUAUAUUCUCACUCAGGGACCCCUUCCAAGUACAUGCGGCCACUUCUGGGAGAUGGUGUGGGAGCAGAGGAGCCGCGGCGUGGUGAUGCUGAACCGAGUCAUCGAGAAAGGCUCUAUUAAAUGCGCCCAGUAUUGGCCCUACAAAGAGGAGAGAGAUGCGAUCUUCGAAGACACCAACUUCAAGCUGACGCUUGUCUCAGAGGACGUCAAGUCUUAUUACACAAUCCGUCAGCUUGAGCUAGAAAACCUGUCGACUCAGGAGACCCGUGAGAUCCUACAUUUCCACUACACCACUUGGCCAGACUUUGGGGUACCGGAAUCUCCCGCCUCUUUCCUAAACUUCCUGUUCAAGGUGAGGGAGUCGGGCUGUCUGAAUUCCGACCAGGGACCAGUGGUGGUGCACUGCAGCGCUGGCAUCGGGCGCUCUGGAACCUUCUGUCUCGUGGACACCUGCCUCUUGUUGAUGUCUCUUCGGAAGGACCCAUCCUCUGUGCGUAUCCGCGAUGUGCUGCUGGAGAUGCGUCGCUAUCGAAUGGGCUUGAUACAAACUGCAGAUCAGCUUCGCUUUUCUUACCUGGCUGUAAUAGAAGGUGCAAAGUACAUCAAGGGGGACGUAUCGCUGCAGGAGUCGUGGAAAGAGCUCUCGAACGAGGAAGACGAACCUCCAGAAUUUACGCCUCCCCCUCCUCUUCCUCCUCCGAGGGACCCUUACAACGGCAAAACCGGGCGAUCCUUCUUCCCUGAAAAUGUAGAGAUCAUCCAGGAGAUGAGGAUUCCCACUCAAGGGUUCUCACAAGAUGGAAAUGUUCGGAAGAGGAACGUAGCCGACCCCCAGCCUCCGUCAGACGGUGAAGACCUGCCAGAUGUGGAUGAUCCUACCUCCAAAGCUUUAAGAAAACCCCAUCGGGAGCAGGAGCUGCCUGAAGCGCAGGAGCAGCCAACGGGAAGGUCUCCUGUCCCGGGGAACUGGUCCCCUCUCCUAACCAACGUGUGCCUGUGCACGGCGCUGGCUCUCAGUGCUUACGUUUGGUAUCGAGCCUAUUUCCACUGAUGUCUGCCCUCCCUCCUCCUCUGUUUUGCUCCUGUUAUUCCACCGUCGUCGUAAAAUGGACUCGGAUGGCCGAUCGGUAUUCUUUGACUCUGCAGUUGAGUGGACGCCGGCAUUCGGGACAUUCAGGUUCACCUGUUUUUUAAUCGUAUGAAUGCUGUGUGGGAAGAGGCUGGCCGCCGCCCACAACUUAUCCAAACCUUCUAUCCGUACGCCAUCUUAGGUGCUCAGGGCCUCGCUUUUUUCAGGUGCCACAUCCCCAAACACGUGUACAGACCUACACACGGACUCGAAAACGCAUGGUGAUCUUUUCUGAACAAUGUUUGUGAAGCCAGAGCCGGUGUGUGUGUGUGAACCAGAGAACGGCUUCUGUCCUCAAACACGCAUCUCCGCUUAGUUACCAAAAUGACACCUGAAUGUGUUCUUUGAUUUAUUUUUUUAUUUAUUUUUCCAUCUUUAAAUCAUGUUCAUACAGAUUUUAUUCCUGUGCUUGCAUAAAUCAAACAGUAAACUCUGAUAUUUUUUAUUUUUUUGACAAGCCGCUGUGACUAAAUGCUCGUGGGAAACGCAACUUUGAUUGUAGUUCGACCUGAGAGGAGAGAUGCGCCUAGCAGGUCGCAUGCAGGCGUGGGUGCUGUUCUCCACCCCCGCUGGAGGCCCGUGUUUGACCGACUGAAUACAUACGUUAUGUGUGUGUGUAUAUUUGAGCAUUUGUGAAUUUAACCUUCUCAGUAAGAAAUAUUCAUGCAUUAGUGGGAGAGUCAGAUGUGAGCUGCAGAUGGGACAGCCCGUUUUCUGUUUUGGAUGGGGGGGGGAUCUGUGAUUUCUACUUUUGGAAAUGCAUCAGUGUUACGUGAAAACAUGUAGCCUUGAUAGAGGACACCCCCCCCUCGCUUAGAUCGAACCAAGGAGGCGUCAGACCAAUGUUAAAACCGUUUUCAAUCUAAAACUUUCAAAGAAACUCACACUCUCCUCCAUUUGCCAGCAAUAAAAUAGAAAAACAUAAAGUAGAAAGAAUAAAUAAUAAAUAAAUGUAUGCCCCUUUACAUUGUUAGAAUAUCGUUGGAGCAGAGAUUACGAAUAAUCCUAAAAAUAAUGAAAAAAAAUCCAAACACCAGCACGAGGAUGAGGACAAAAACACUGUAGAGAUGAUCCGUGGUGUGUUCCAGAGCUGGCUGCAUUGUUUUCUAUGAUUAUUUUUGAGCAUGUUGCAUUUGUGAAUUGACCGUUUAUUCCUAAAAAAAGAGAUUAGUUAAGCUGCUACCAUUCGUUUACCUUCGGGGCUGGACAAAGUUCCUGACUUUGUCCGACAGCAGUACUUUUCUUUAGAAUGUAUUCAUGUCCUCUGCAGGGACACGCAUUCACACGUGUGUGUAUUUAUGUAUGUAUGCAUAUACAUAUGUAUUCCAAUCAUCAGGUUUAAGUGUGUUGAGUCUUUUGUUUUCUGCUCUUGCCACAGAUAAAAUCUCAGUACCGGUGCAGCAAUUGCUCCAGGUUUUCCUGUUUUUCUAAACUUAUGCUGAGCUCAAUAACAUGUAUUUUUUUAUUUACAUUUGUUGUUAAAUAAAUAAAUAAAACCCAACCUGGAUUGAC